AUGGGUCAAAUUUCUACAGUAGCAGCAAAGAGUGCACUGUAUGUAUAUUCAGGAUGCCGAUCUAUUUUUGGUGGUAAUAGAGAGAAUAUAAUACCUCAGAGACCUCCUGAUUUAGAUAUUCUAGCUUCUGGAGAACGUGAUAGAAUAUCUGAGGACUGGAGAUGGCUUGCACUAAAGUCUGAGAGGAGGCUUAAUUGUAUGAAGAAUCUUAAAUCUUCAUCUGAACAGUUGAAACAAAGAUUAGGGAGUAUAUUUGAUAUUAGCCAAUUCACUUGCUUUGUUCCUCGAACUGUAUUAGAAGCAAUAGCAGAUAAAAGAAUAGGAUAUACAGAUGACUUUGAUGUAAUUAUAGAAAGUUUUAAAGCUGCAGUGAUGUUUUGUGAUGCAUCAGGGUUCACAGCUUUAACAACAGCUCUAGAUAAGCAACUUAAUGGAGCUGAACGUUUAGGAGAUUGUAUUAAUAACUUUUUUACUCCUUUAAUCCAGAUAAUUCACUAUUGGGGUGGAGAUGUAAUUAAAUUUAGUGGAGAUGCAAUUUGUGUAGUUUGGCCAGUUGAUGACGAAGGUGGAAGUACAUUGCAACAAGGUAUGCAUAAUAUUGCACAAGAUAAUGGGGCUGAUUUAAAUAAUAUUUCUGGAGAAUAUCUAAAAGUAAACGAUAAUAUAAGUGUACUUUUAGAAUGUAAUCAUAGUAAAUCUUCUAAAAUAGAAGAAGAUCUACAUAGUCAGAAUACUAAUACAGGAGAUGCUUAUUCAGUGGAUAUGUUUCAUGCAUGUAGACUAGCCUGUGAAUGUUGUUUAGAUAUUCAUAGAACACUUCAUAAUUUUCCAACUCCUAUUCCAGGUCGUACCUUAACUUUACAUAUAGGUGUAGGAUAUGGUAGAGUUACAAUUCUACAAGUUGGAGGUGUUAUGGAUCGUUGGGAAUAUGUUGUUGGAGGUCCACCUUUUGAAGAAAUAGCUAUAGCAGAACCUUUAGCAAAAAGUGGAGAAACAGUCAUUUCUCCAUCUGUUUACUCUAUUCUAGAGAAGGUCAUUUGUGCAGACCCUUGCAAAGAAAAUCCUGAUUUUAAGAAGCUUCGCAGCUUACUCUUAUCUCGCCCUCCUCCUCCCCCUCCUCUAGCAACAAUUCAUAUUGAAGAUGAGGAUGUUGGUCUACUACGAAGAUAUAUACCUCCUCCUGUAUAUAAAUGUUUAUCAGGGGGUUACAGUGUCUUUUUAAAUGAAGUUAGAAGGCUCACAUGUAUAUUUGUAUCUGUAAAAGGUUUAGAUAUAUCUACAUAUUAUGGAUCAAAGACAGCUCAUCAGUUAAUGCAACUAGUACAAAAAGCUGCUUACACAAUGGAAGGUAGUGUUAAUAAAUUUUUAGUAGAUGAUAAAGGAGUUUUACUACUGAUCAUAUUUGGUCUUCCUCCAGUUUAUCAUUUGGAUGAUCCUUUGCGAGCUGUAUUUUCAGGUUUAAGGAUACUGGAUAGUAUUCGUUUGAUGGGAUUGAGCUCAAGUAUUGGAAUAGGGACAGGUCGUGUUUGGAUUGGAACUGUAGGGUGUGCGAUCCGUAAAGAAUACACAGCUUUAGGAGAUACUGUGAACCUUUCAGCUAGAUUAAUGGCUAAAGCUAGUGAAAACGAAAUUCUAUGUGACGAGAAUACUUAUAAUGCUUGUCAUCAUGUGAUGCAAUUCAACGAACAUCCACCAUUUUACCCAAAGGGAAAGGAUGUAGCUAUAAAACCAUUUUCUCCGACUGGAAUUCUAGUUCAAAACUCACAAUCAAUUCUUCAACAGAGAGUCACUACUUCUAAGUUGGCUUCUGCAUCAGCUCGUGGAUCUGCAAUAUCUUUGACUGGUGAGACACAAGUUUUUAUGGAAUCAAAUAGUAGUACUUUAGCAACACAAGAAGUUACUACAACAAAUUCUGGUAAUAGUUUAUGUACACUAAGUUCCUGUACUAUGGCUCAAAUAUAUCAAGGGAAUUUUGGAAAAAAAAAUGUGGGUCCCGAAUCAAGUGCAGAGAGCACAGUUAAUGAACUGAUUCCAACUCUUAAUAAUAUUCAGGCUUGGAAAGAUUGGCGACCUCAAAAAAAACUUAGAAAGUUUUUUUUUCCCAAAUAUCAUUAUAAAUUACCGGAUUUAUCAGAUCCAAAUUAUUAUAUUAUUCCAGAUUAUAUAAUGAGUUUAGAUAAAAAUGAGAAGAUUGCAGGACCUUUUAUGCCUUGGGAGUACUAUGAACCUUGGGAUCCAAACCUACGUUCUACAUUAGAUUUAGGGGGUGUGAUGGUUGUAUAUGGUAAGGAGAAUUGUGGAAUACAUGAUAUAGUCCAAUAUAUACAGCAGAUGGGGCAGAAAUUGGAGCGUAAAGUAUUUGUAUGUAGUAACAUGCCUGAUACUCCCUACAUUAAUAUUAGCAAUGUACCCCUAUUACCCUGGAAGAAAUUAUGUACAGACAUUAUAGAAACUUGGAGAUUAACUAAAUCUCGUGAAAAAAAGGGAUUUUCAAAUGUUGAUAGAGAUAAUUCAAUAUAUGGAUUGGCUAAAGAACUCAUUCAUCCUUCUUUUCAUUGGAAUCUCAAACAACUGAAAUGUGUCUUACAGGGGUUAGUUUUACCUUCUGAACUACCUGAAAACAAAGCAUUUUUUAAAGUUAGAAAUAAAAGAAAUAAAGCUAAGUCUAAAUCCAUGAGAGAGAUUUUACAAAAUCCCUUAUUGUUUGUUAGCAGUAAAAGAAAAAACCCUUCAGAGGAAAAGGAAGAAAGCAAAAAUGAUAUAUUAAAGGAGCUUACUUUAGAUAAUACAAGCAAACAAGUUGAUCAGACCGAUAUUAACAAGAAUAUCCUGAAAUUAGACAAAAAUGAUCAUUUAAAUAAUGAUGAUGACGAUGAAUUUGUUGUAGAUAGCGAAAACACCGAAUUUGAAUCCUCUGAAAAUGAUGAUACUGAUGGACUAGGUCCAAUUAUCACCUCCCUUGUGAAUGGUUUCUCAAUGUAUGAAAAUAGUAUCAUAUGUCUUCAUGUCAGAACAGGGACUAGUUUUUAUGCUGGCAUGGAUGGUGAUAGUUGGAAAAUUGCAAGAAUGAUUGCAAGAAUUGCUAUGAUUAGAAGAAAAAGGAAGUUAGAAUUUGAUUUAAGAGAAUUAAAGAAGUGGAGACGCAAGCAUUCGCGAGUUUGCCUUUUUUGUAAAGGCUUUAAAAGACCUAUCCAGCAUAUCUCAAAAGAUACCUUGUACCUCUACAAAACAACUAAGUGUAUUCCACCACCAUCUAGAUCAUCACCCCCACUAUUAUUUGUCCUAAUAUGUAGCAAUAGUACAGAUAAAAUAAAUGAACAAGCUGAAAUAAAACAAUGGGCUAAGGAAUGUAAUGCUUUUAUUGAGGUACCAAAAUUAACCCUAAAUGAAACUUCAAAAUUCAUCGCUUUCCUACUGGGCACAAAUCCUCAAAUACCUUUUCAGCUAGUAGAGUAUGUACACAGAGCAUCUGGAGGAGUCCCUCAACAUAUAUUAUUAACUCUAAUGCAAUUAUUUAUUCAUAAAGCUAUUGAGUUAGAAGUCACUGAUGCUUCUGCAGAAUCUGCGAUUGCUAAUAUAUCGUUGCCAAAAAACCAUCCUGAUACUAAAGAUAAGCUUUCAUCAAAUUCAAAUUUUGAAAAGGUAAACCAUAAUACAGAGCAAACUCAAGAUAUGUUAGAAGUAAAAUUGCAUAUGAAUAAUGCACCGCAAAAAAUACCAAAUACAAUAGCAAGUAAUGAAAGUGAAGUCUCACAAGAAGCUAAUUUAACAAAUAUUACUGGCACUAUUUUCACCACAUCUCUCAAUGAUACUGCAAAUAUGCUCUUUUCUGAUACCAAUAUGAAAUUUUAUGACAAAGAUUUGAUUCAUGAUUCUGUAGCGUUGUCACCUUCAACAAUUUCUUCAAGAUCCAACUCAUUAUCUUCCUCAUCUAUGGAUAGAUCUGAAGAAUGGUCAAAUAACUCUCCAAGACAUGUUAGAAUUGUUCGUAUUCCUCGCUUUAGAACUCCAGGACCACGUGAACUACUAGGAAGCGAUGGAUUACCUUUAGCUACAAAUUAUGUUAGUGCACCACACAGCCCAGAAAGGCAAAGGAAAAGAACUGAAAACAAGGGAAUAUUAUCAUCUACCACAAAAUUUUCUACAUUGGACCAUCCAUCUAAGAUCAUUCGUGUUAAUGCUCAAUUGAAGAAGAUUCCAUUUGCUCCCGAAAUAGUAGCUGAUUGUAUGUCUAAAUUGGAACUAUUAGAACCAGAUGAACAAAUGGCUGCUAAAAUUGCUAGUGCCUUUAACUUUCCUUUUACUAUUUCAGAGUUACAUGCAGUCUAUCCUCACAAAAAGACUGUAGCAGAAUUCCUUACUAUGAUAAAAUCAAUGGUAUUGAAAGAUGUACUAGAGAUUUGCGAUACAACAAGCUUCAGCAGUGAAUUUAGAUCUCGUAGAGGAUCUAUUGGAAGUGACUAUAUGGCUAAGCAAACCAAUACUUUUGAAGGAGAAAGUGAAAAGCAAUCACAUGUGGAUGAUGAUGACUUAGAAAAGGAAAUACCAAUUUUUAAGGAAAUUUCUGAUUCUUUACCUAUAACUAAUGACUGCAAUCUUUAUUCUAAUGAUGAUAUACUAGAGCCUAUAAGAAAAUCUAGUAGUGUGAUUCCUAUUAAUAUUAACUUAAUACCUAGCAAUGAACCUGAAUCUGGAAAUGUAGAUACUUUACCUUAUUAUGUGGAAUACUAUCGUUUCCAAAGUAUUGCCUUUCAAAGAGUUGUCUCUGAAUCUCUACUCAGUGAUGAAAGGAAGCGUUUGGCUCGUAUUUCACGUCGUACUUUAUCAAAAAGACGUUCUAGAUUAAGUCCAUCUGUAAGAAGUUCUUCACCUCCAUUACCCCCAUCCCCUACGGACUCUAAUGCUAAUUUACAACAAGAUGAUGAAGAUAAACAUGAUAAAAAACUUAAUACAAAAUAUUUGAUUUCUAAUACAGUAACACUACUUCCCCUCCCUGAAGAGAAGAUUAGCUAA